CAGGGCACCUGUUAAGGUGACAGUAUAUACACACAAAGGUCCGGGGUAGGAAAGCUGCCAGCUUUCAUCACAGAACACAGUACAGGUCAUGGGAGUUGUGCGUUUUGCAGCAAGAAAAGAUGUCUUUGUUUUGCAGAGCUGCAUGUCACGCUUCCAUUGUGAUAAUCCUGCUCAUCAUGUAUUUCUUGAUAUUCCAAAACUGGCCUGAAAACUCCAACACUCAUGUUUCAGAAGUUGAACAGCAGCUACGGUCUACUAUCUCCCAUCCUGCUUUGUUACACAACACGUGUCAAUGUCCCAAAGGUUCAGUGAUGCUCAAAGAUUAUGUCCCCAAAGAACAGUACGGAGAGCUGGUGAAACGCCGAACUCAGGAGUUCAGCAAACACAAGACCAGGACAACUUCUGUGUUAUCCAGACUGCUGUUUGCUCUGCCCAACUCUCCUCUCCAAUAUCCGAUCCAAGGUUUUACAGUUCGACCUUUAACCCCUGCUCUCAUACCAGGUUUAGGGCUGUAUGCUGGAAAAAGAAGCAGCUACAAGGUGCACUUGAAUGUGGCCAAAGGGGUCUUGACCACAACAAACUUAACCGAAGGAGCAACAGUAGAAGGUAAUGGUAAGCGGGUACUGACGAUUGAGUCCAGAAGCCUGGUGCAACUUAAUAAGCUGCUGGCCAACGUGUCCUACACCAGCACCGUGUAUCAUAUACACACUGGAGACCUCGUCUCUUUUCAGUUUGAGAAGCAUGAAGCUUUUUUCACUAUUGUCAUCCAACAACCUCGCCUGCCAGUUCUGUAUGACAUGGGGAGAGAUGUCAGCGCUCAUGUCACCAUCGUCACUAAGACCUUUCUCCGGUACACACAACUUAAUGUUUUGUUGAAAAGCAUCAGACAUUUCUAUAGCAACAUAAAAGUCAUUGUUGCAGAUGACAGUUUUAAACCACAGAACAUCACUGGAGAUGGCAUCCUACACUACAUCAUGCCUCCAGCACAGGGUUGGUUCGCUGGUAGGAACCUGGCUGUCUCACAGGUAACCACUAAAUACUUCCUGUGGGUUGAUGAUGACUUCGAGUUUACAGAGAACACCAAAAUAGAGAAGCUGGUGGAGGUGAUGGAAGCGAACCCUGAGCUGGACGUGGUGGGCGGAUCUGUACAAGGGAACCAGUUUUACUUCUCGCUCCUCUAUAAUGAAGGUGAUGAAGAUGGUGGCUGCCUUCACGUGAAGUCCAACAACAAGUUCCACUCACUUCCUGGUUACCCAAGUUGUUUUCUGGUUAGUGGCGUCGUCAACUUCUUUUUGGCUCGUACAGACUCCACGCGGAAGGUGGGUUUUGACCCAAAGCUCCAGAGGGUGGCGCAUUCAGAGUUCUUUAUGGAUGGUUUGGGCUCUUUGCUGGUUGCCACCUGCCAGCACGUAUCCAUCGCCCAUCAAGCCCCCAAAAAUGACAACAUCCAAAAGCAGUACAGCCAGUUCAGGCACCCUCCACAGAGUGAUGUAAACUUCAAACUACAGCUGUAUUUUUUCAAAAACAACCUAAAAUGUUAUGUACGUACAUAGAAUAACACUUGGGAAUACUGAUGUUACUGUAUGCUUCAUUUGUUAAACUGAUGCUUUUUGUUGUAUUCCAGAUUGUUUGUUUGGGUUUUUUUUCCAUAUUGUCCCAACUUGUUAUGAUGUGGUGUUAUAUAAUAUAUUUGUAUUUGGGGUUGAAUUGGUUUUUAUCAAUGUUUACAUGUGACCAUUUUGUUGUGGAUAUUUUACUGUAGAGAGCAGUUUGAAAUGGCUUGCCUGAAAGUGCUAUAUUAUAAUUAUUAUUGCCAUGUUA